AUGGCACCCAUAUGGGCUGCACCACCCAUCACCAACUACCAAAACAACCACCCCCACCCCCNCUCUUUAAAAAAAGGCCAGCUCAAAGCUAGCCAAUGGGAAGAAGUAGCCAUUACUGUAGCAGCUCGUUGCGGCUUUGACGAGCCGUCAAAAUCCGCCACCCAAUGCCGUCACAAGAUCGAGAAACUCCGAAAACGUUAUCGGGCCGAAAGACUCAAACCCUACCCGAAUUCAUGGCAGUAUUUUGACCUAAUGGAUCGUAUGGAGCGCGGGCCUUUACCUAUUUCAGCCCAUCCUGUUGCUAUGGUGAAAUGUCAACAGAAUUCGAAUUCGAUAUCGAAUCUGAAUUCUACUGCUGCUGAUCAUCAGAGGUAUUAUUAUGAUAAUAAUACUGAUAGUGAUGAAGUUGAUGCCCUUAGUUAUAUGGAUAUGAGGAAAAAUAAGUGUAAAAGUAUUAAUCAUAUUGUUCGUGGCGAAAUGGGCUUAAUGGGUAUGAAUGUGAAUGUUGUUGACCAUAGAACUGUCAAUAGGAUGGUGAAAGAUCGAAACUUUAAUGUUUUUGAACAAAAAGAUCGAAACUUUGAUGUCAUGAGGGGGACAAGAAAUCCAAUGAAUGAGAAAAGAAAAGGGUAUUUUGGGAAUGUGGCUAUUGAGGAUGAUGACGAGGAUGAGGACGUUGAGGAAGAAGUGGAUGAAGAGAAUGAAGGGAGUGUUGGAGGUAGUGAAUUGGCUGCUGAAAUUAGGGGAUUUGCAGAGAGGUUUAUGAGAAUGGAGAAUAAGAAAAUCGAGAUGAUGAAGGAGACAGAGAGGUAUAGGAUGGAGAUGGAGAAAAGGAGAAUGGAAAUGAUUCUUGAGAAUCAGAGGAAUCUGAUUGAUACUAUAAAUAGGGUCGUUGGAUCGCAUAAGAAAGUGAAGGUGGCUCAAGAAUUUUGAACUCGUUCGUGAGAUUUCUUGGGAUGGAGAUGGUUUUUAUGCUAAAAAGAACAAAAAAGUUCAUUAGAGGAAAUUGCAUUCGACUUGCAUGUGUUAGGCAUAAAACAAUGUUCUUAUUUAGGGAUAUCUUCAUGCUUCUAACAUUUUUGCCUUAAUGAUUCUUAGGAAUUAUUACAAUUUAUUUUGCUCUUUUAAGUAGGAAUGUAGAUUUGUUCUGUGGUAGAGUUCAUAUUUCCUGGAGGAUUCUUGUAGACAAGAUUUGAGUUAACAUAAAGAUAUCCAGAAUAUCUGUAGUUGCUGUUGCACCUAUAACAAUGGAAUAAGAUGGAUCCUUUUUCAUUGUAAA